ACCGCACCGAGCCGAGCCCCGCCGCGCCGGGCGGACCGGAGCCGCCGCGCCGGGGCCGCCCCGGGCCGGGCCAUGCGCUGAGGCCGCCGCGCAGCCCGCAGCCAAGGGCGGAUCCCGGGCAGGACACGCGGCAGCAGCAUCUCCGGGGCAAAAUGCCGGAGCAGAGCAACGACUACCGGGUGGUGGUGUUCGGCGCCGGCGGCGUGGGCAAGAGCUCGCUGGUGCUGCGCUUCGUGAAGGGGACCUUCCGGGACACCUACAUCCCCACCAUCGAGGACACCUACCGCCAGGUCAUCAGCUGUGACAAGAGCGUCUGCACCCUGCAGAUCACCGACACCACGGGCAGCCACCAGUUCCCCGCCAUGCAGCGUCUCUCCAUCUCCAAGGGCCAUGCCUUCAUCCUGGUCUUCUCCGUCACCAGCAAGCAGUCCCUGGAGGAGCUGAAGCCCAUCUACCAGCAGAUCGUGCAGAUCAAGGGCAGCGUGGAGAGCAUCCCCAUCAUGCUGGUGGGCAACAAGUGCGACGAGACGCAGCGGGAGGUGGAGAGCAGGGAGGGGGAGGCCAUGGCCAAGGAGUGGAAAUGCGCCUUCAUGGAGACCUCGGCCAAGAUGAACUACAACGUCAAGGAGCUCUUCCAGGAGCUGCUGAACCUGGAGAAGAGGAGGAACGUGAGCCUCACCAUCGACGGGAAGCGCUCCAGCAAGCAGAGAGGACAGACAAAAUCAAGGGGAAGUGCAGCAUCAUGAGAGCCCCGGACUGGCCCGCACCCCCCCUCCGGUCCCCCCCUCUCCUCCCCCACGGCUGGACGUGGCAUCGCAGCGGGACCGUCUCCUCGUCCUCCGUGCAUCACUGUGACUGUGCGGGGACGCCGCGGCGCUCCGGCGGCGUGGGCUGCGCUCGCCCCAGGUCUGGGGACGAAGACGGGGCGUCCCGUCGAGCUGAGGGAUGUUCAACCGCCCCGCACCCGGCUCAACGGGACCGGGGACACGCGGCCGGGCACCGCCGGGGAGCACACGGACGCACACCCCCCCACGCACGCUCUGCGGCACAACCGGUGGCACCGGCCGGUCCCCGUCCCCGUCCCCUCCCCGGUGGGGGAACCCACGUCGGUCCUCGUGGGUGGGAAGGACGGUGCAACGUGGGGGUGUCGGCGUCACCCCUGGGGACAGUCACACGCGUCCCAAGCCCUCCCCGCGCCCCUGUCCCCACGCCAUAGCGCUCUGCUCCUGCAGGCAGAGUCCUGGGACGGGAGCAGCCCCCGCACGGUGCCCGCUGCCCCCCGAGCCCCCAGCCCCGUCCUGGCACCGCGGCCCCUCCUGCCCCCGCAGCCCCGAGCCCCCAGCCCCGUCCCGGUGCCGCAGCCCGGAGCCGCCAGCCCAAGCACAAAGCAUCGGGUCUGAGGGAGGUCCUGACCCAGCACAAUCCUGGUGAGCUCCGGUGGGAGACCCCCGGCCCCGCAGCCAGCCGGGCGCCCCCCCCCCCCGGCCCCCGCUGCCCACUUCCCACGCAGGAUGAGCCCCACAGCCCGACUGGGCCUCGAUGCCACGGUGAUGGGCGCUGCCGCUCCCUGCCGCAGUGCCCUGCCAGCGGUCAGCGUCCCCCCCCCCAACUCCCGCAGAAUCCCUGCUGCGGUGUGGCCUGGCCCCACACCCCGGGGACCCCCGAUACCCCCCCCCACCCCAGCUCUGGUGCAGCCCUGCUUGUUCCCCCGUGGCCGGAGCGGGGCCCCCGCGCUCUCACCAGCCCCUCGUCCCAGCGGGGUUUGUCCCCUCGCUCCGGCCCUGCUCACCCUCCGUCGGGGUCCCUGGGGCUGUCCCCGAGGGGGUGUCCCCGGGCAGGCUGGGCCCCCGCGCUGCACCCAGCUCCCCGCACCCCCCCCCCCCCCCCCGGCUUUUUACAACAUGACCCGAUCGCCCAGGGGACAAGGUGACAUUACGAUGUAGCCUUUAUUCUAGAAAUAGUCUUCCUUCAAUAAAGAGAUGAGAAAUGC